UCUCAGCUCACAGAGAGCUAAUAGUUUGAAGGAACCAGUGAAGCUUUUUGCCCAACAUCUGAAGAUAAACUCCCUCUGUCCAUCAGGCUGGCAUAAAGUGUGUGAUCCUGUUAGCUGUUUUUAAUCUGAAACUCUCUGGAGUGAAGUGAAAUUCAGGCCACGCCAAUGACUGUUUAGUGGCUUACGUUGUACUCUUAAUCCUCGUUUCGUCAAAGUACAAAAGUCGUCCCACUAAUUCUGCAUAGCAUUUUAAUUUUUUUUUCUUUCUUCUUCUAGUCACCUCCCUCUAAAAGAAGAAAAUUAGAAAAACCACGAAAACCAAUUACAUUUAUAGUCUUGGCUUCUACAGUCAAAGAGUUAUCCAUCAAAGCUGCAGCUAUGGGCUGGGAUGCUGUAGAGGCUAUUGCUGUGGUUAGAGCCUGGGUAGAGAAGAUUCUCACUGAUCUGAAGGUUCAGCAUAAACAUGUUCCCUGUGGAAAAGAUGAAGUUAGCCUGUUUGUGACUGCCGUUGAAAACUCCUGGAUUCAUUUGAGGAGAAAGAAACGAGAGAGAACAAGGCAAUUACGAGAACUUCCUCGAGCUUCUGAAGAUACUCUGCAAGCAAUGGAAGAGGGAAAAAACAGCCAGAAGAGUGUGAGCAACAAUUUGGACUGUGAAAACCCCAAGACUGAAGACUCUGAAAUGGGGUUUAUGGCACCUGAUGAGGAUGUCCACUUGACCGCAGGUGACGAGCUCACGGAAGAAUCUGCUGCCAAACAACAACACAGUGAGCAUGUGGAGGAGGAGGAGGAGGAGGUGGAGACAGAAACGAAGCAGGGAGAAACAUCACUUGGCAGAGGUUCCAGUAAUGCAAAGGAAGAAGCUUGCCCUUCAGAGGAAGCUAGCAAUUUGGCAGGUGAAAAAGAACAAAGUCCCAAAGAAGCUAGUAGAUGUUUUCUCUUUAAGUGUUUAAUGAAUGUGAAAAAAGAAGGAAAUGAUUUGUUAGUAGAAAUGCACUGGGUUGAAGGACAGAACAGAGACUUGAUGAACCAGCUGUGCACGUACUUACGGAACCAAAUUCUUCGACUGGUUGCUAGUUAG